AUGUACAGUGAUGAUAAAACACAAUCUAAAGUUGUCCGUUACUCAGGCUCCACAGAGAAAAAAACAAUCCAGUUUGAUGAUGAGGGUAAACCUCUGUAUUCAGAAAAUAGCAAAAUAAAGUAUAUCAGUGAGAACAGAAACCUUGAUAUCUGUGUGGCUGACGUAGGAGCUAGUGCUGUGGUAGUGGUCAAUCAAGCCGGAAAACGCCAAUUUCAAUACACCGGUCAUCGUUCUACUACAAAGAUUAAUCUGUUUAAACCCCGUGGUAUAACAACAGACAGCCAGAGUCAGAUCCUGGUAGCAGACUAUCAUAACCACAAUAUCCACAUCCUAAACCAGGACGGACAGUUUCUUCGUUGUAUAGAUAACUGUGAUCUGAAGGAGCCAUUGGGAUUAUGUGUGGACAAAAAAGACAAAUUUUUUGUAGCUGAGUGGUGUGGAAAAUUAAGAAAAUUAAAUAUCUUAAAUAGAUUUGUGAUUUAG